AUGAAGCUGAUUCCAUCAUCCCUACUUUUGUUUAACAAACACAAAGAAACAUGGCUAUGGCCAGCAUGUAAGAAACCUAAAACCCUAUCUUUUCGAGCCAAUCCUAAUGAUAUGAUGUUCAAAACUGUCAAUUCUGUUUAUUUCGAUCCUAAGUACGCUAUACAUGUUGAAGUAGAAACAGAGAUAACCACCCCUGACUCCUGCUUCACCAACUCCUCGGAAUCUGCAAGUAUAUCAACAGAAUCCGAGGAGUACUUUAACACCAAUGAGGACUCCUCAGUGGAGAACAUUGUUCGUGGGGCCAUGUCAGAAAGACUCCUUUUUGAACCCGGCCCCACGACUAGUUCAAUUCUUGAGAGUAACAAACAAUGUAUAGACUUAAAAAUUGGUGAUGGUGUCACCAAGAGUGUUGACAAUGGUGGUAUACCAUAUAAAGAAAGUGUGGCAAUGGCCAUUGAUACAAAUGAUCCACAAGGAGAUUUUAAAAAGUCAAUGGAAGAGAUGGUGAAGAGUCAUCAACUUAAAGAUUGGGAGUGUUUAGAGGAGUUAUUAGGGUGGUAUUUAAGGAUGAAUGGGAAGAACCACCAUGAGUUAAUUGUUGGAGCCUUUCUUGAUUUACUUGCCGGAAUCUCUAAUGAUGUCACCGGAGAUAGCGGGUCCGGCGGUGGUGCUUCUACUUCUGAUCAUUCUACAGCUUCAUUUACUUCCGUUGCUUCUACUUUCACAUCUCCCAUUUUUUCUCAUAUGUCUAAAGUUGGUUGUGAAAAAGAGAUCAUUGAGGAAGAAAUGAUACUAGUUAAUCAUUAAUUUUAUUCAUUAUUUAAUUAAUUAUUACUAGGUUCAAUAUAUUCUAACAUAUCGAUCGACUUAGA